AUGGUCUCUGGCGAUUUGUCGACUCCUGAGACUGAGAACAUGGUCAUGUUAGCCAACGCGUCAGUCGAUAGGGUCGUACGAGCGUCUAAGAGGAUUGCUAGGGCUACGGUUGUAGGGCACACGGUACUCUUUGAGAUCAACGGUGUCACUGACCCUACAAAAAAGAGGAGGAUAUUCAAAAGUCGCAUGGAGAAGCACACUCUCGUACGAUAUAUCCGUGUCGUACAGCGGAUCCUAGCUUAUAUCAUUCGGACAACAGAGGACUGGGAGCCAGCGAAGAGACCUGGCUAUACUCUGACAAGGGAACAGGAGGGCGCAUAUGAUGACUUUACCUUUGAGCUGUCAGAACAGAUGAACAAUCCAGAUCGGGAGCAGCAGUCGUACGAGAAGGCCGACCGGCUUCUGCUUACUCUUAUAGUAUCUCUGUUUGACCACCAGUUGAAGGAUAACGUGUAUGAGAGUGCUGUACUCAGCGGCCUUGCAGUCCUUGGCGUCCAAGGGUCUUACGACGAGAGUCAAGGCAAAAGUACUCUCAACUGGCUCAUGCCGUACGAGUAUACUCCAUUCUAUGCAGCAGUGAUCAAGAUCAUACGUCUUCUCGUCAUUUAUAACGCAUAUCUCCUCAAUCAGCAGACGGCCAAGAAGAUCCGGGUCGAACGCAAGAUGUCACAGGAAGACGCAGAAAGAGAGGCACCAGCCAACACCAAUGAGCUGGAUCUUGGACACGUUUGCCUAUGGUAUGGCCAUCCGUACGACAACCAUGAUCCAGGGCAAGAUACAGUGGGUAGAAGAGGAGGUCACCUUUGA